ACGCUGAUUAGAUUGAUCAGAUUUCGUAAAAAUGUAUGCGCCUGUGCGCUCGUUGUGUGAGAUAGUGGUAUAUUAUUCGCAUAUGCAAUGCCAGCCCCGCGAAACAUCUCUUCUACAAGUAGCCUAGCCUACGGUAUCAUUUGAUUGGUAGAAAACAAUUUGCUCCAUAAAAGAACAACGCUGCAUGGAAAAUGUGUUGAUCCAUCAGAAGGAAAGGCCUACAUCACCCCCCCCGGAGAAAGGACAAAUCGGGAUAAGGAUGCUUUUUUUCCAGAAAGGACAUCGUCAGGACAGUAAAACGUCAUUUCGGAGGAAGCAACUUCAGUCCGUACCAUUUCUUACUUUGCUCAAACAACUUAUUUCUGUUUAACAUCUCAAAGGAAUAUCUUACUCUCAAGUGUUCAAAGAGACUGUUGGGAUAUUUUUUGAUACGUUUUGAGGCUUCUCGGCCCUAGCGUCUGUACUUUUGUUGCUACAUUACACCCGAGGACAUGUCUGCUGUGCGGCUGCUGCUCCUGUCUCUGCUUUGUGCCCUCUUUGUGCCCCUGUCUCAUGGGGCGUGUGCAGAGGUGGACUCGGACACUGAGGCCGUUGCAGGCAAAGGGUUCAAACUGGGCUGCAUCUCCUGUAAGAUGAGGCCCGAGGUGGAAGCUUCUGCCACAGUCGACUGGUAUUUCAAAGCCAAAGGGGAAGCUGACUUUGCUCAUAUAUAUAAUUACGAUGAGGAGGGCCAGCACAUUGUGGAUGAGCGCUUUGAGGACCGUGUGGAUUGGAGCGGCAGUAAGCAGAGCAAUGACAUACAGGAUGCGUCCAUCUACCUAUUCAAUGUCACCUUUAACGACUCGGGCACCUACCGUUGCUUCUUCCACCGGCUCCUGACGUAUGAUUUCUACGAAUACCAGACCGUUGUCAGCAAGGUUGUGCACCUGACAGUGGUGGCUAAAGCCACCAGAGGGACGGCCUCCAUAGUCUCCGAGGUGAUGAUGUACGUGUCCAUCAUCGGGCUACAGGCUUGGCUCUACAUAGAGAUGGUAUACUGCUACAGAAAGAUCUCAGCUGCAGGAGAGGAAGCAUUACGAGAAAGCGCGAAUGCAGAAUAUUUAGCUAUAGCCUCGGAGAGUAAAGAUAACUGUGCAGGUGUGCAAGUGGCAGAAUAACCCAGGACCCUUCUUUUCACCCGCUGGUCGUAGUAGUAAGGCAUUCAAGCGGUUCCAUCUACAGACUGGCCUCAUCACCUAUACGACCCCUUGUUUCGCAUGAAGACACCCGGAAGAUGUAUUGUAUCUAUAGUCUUUAUUACCUUACAUGUUACAAUGUUAAUGGAUAAAUGUGAUAUGGUGACAUUACUUUUAGAGUAGUAUGUGUAUGAAUCCUUUUUUUCAGUUUUAAUGAUAUCUCUCUCUAAAGUGUAUGUACAUUUAUAUUAAUUGAAUGGUUAUCAAGAGAGCUUUAUCAACAUGGAAUUAGAAUACUAGAAUGGACAUGAACGUUCUUAUGACGGUAUAAAAGGUCAGCCAUUUUGGUAAAGGAGUUGGUCAACCACAAUGGUCAGCAAGUGCUGUGAUAAGAUAUUGUUUAAAACAAUGAAUUUGAAAAUUAUAUGCACAGUAAUGUUUAUUAGCUAGCUAUCCUGCCAGUUUUAGUAGAAUGAUUCCAUCAUUUUUUUCUAAAUAACUGCCAAUAUGCCGACAUUCCAAACAAACAAUGCAGUCAAUCCACAGUCUGAAAUCAGUUGGUGAUAUGACUUAGACAAAUGUGUAACUGAUAUUGUAUUAUAUUAUAAGAUUCACAGCUUUCCAAGAAAACAAACACUGAGACAUUUGUGGUCUGUUUACAUAUUUUUAUUAUUAUUAUGUAUUUAUAAUUAUAUGACAAUAUUUAGGUUGACAAUUCUAUUACACAAUUUCUGAUACAUCACAUACCUUACUUUUAUUUUCCUGGAUAAGUAAAAACAGGAAAUGCAUCACCUAUGCCUCUACUGAAAUUAAUUCCAAUUUUAUUUUACUACAAUGACUGCCAUUAUCAUCCCAUUCUGGAACUUUGAGGGUUUAUUACAUUGCCCCUCAAGAAAUUUCAUAGGAUCUCUAUGUUUAUCACACACUGUAUUAAUCAAUCCAUCCACUCCACCUGUUGUAUGUCUUCUAGAUUAUGCACAAUUAUCAUGAAAUGUACUAACCUUCAAAGGUAUUUUCAUUAUAGAAUGUGAUUGCCUAUAAUAGACUGUCUACAAUGUACAAUGUUAUGUGAAGAUAAUGAUAAAUUAAAUAAUACAAUUAAUUGAA